GAAAGAGACAGAGAGGUUUACCACAGUCUUCAGAGAGAGGAGGGAAAGGAAGCAUGAACAAAAACAGAAGAUUCAGGUUUAAAAGUUAGAAAGAAAGAAAGUGUUGUGAAAUGUCACGGCAGAAAUGAUACAGUUAUAAAGUCCAGGAGUAAAUUCACACCUGAGUUACGUGACAGAUAAAGUGGUAUAUAAUGGAGUGGCGAGGCCGAGUUUCACAAGAUGACUGAAACCAAGAUGAGCUGUGCAAUGGGGAGGUGCAGGCGUGACACUCAGUGCGUAGCGAUUACUCUAAACUCCGAGGCUUAGAAGAACCAGCAGACGAGUCCAUUAAUAAUAGGGAAGCGAAUGCUUCCUCUGCUACUGAACCACAGGAGGAUCUGCACCGGUGGACAGAACGUGGCUUAGUAAGACUUCCUGACACCGUCAUGACUUUAGCCAGAUGAUCAGAUACAAUGAAGAGACUGGAUGAUGAGCCCACAAAGAGUGGGGACAGCCUCACUAACGGUGACUCGGUGACCCAGAGGAGUCCCGUGGCUUUACUGCAGGGGUUACGUCUGUGUCAGGAUUCCUGGAACCCAGGAAGCCCGUGGGACAGAGAGGGAGCCCAUGCUGCUCUGUGGGGGAGGCCACCAGGGAGUUUCCUGGUGGUGUCUGAAUCUUCUUCUCAGAAUAAACUCCUGUGUGUGUCUGUCGAUGACCAAAGCAAAAAAGUACAAGACUUUCCCAUCAUACAAACUGGCUCAGCACAGCGCCUGGAAACAUCUCACCUGGCUUUCUCUGACCUGCUGCAGCUGGUGAUCUUCUACAAUUUAAGCAGGGAUGUGUUGCCUUUGUGUUUGUUGGUUCCUUCAUGGGUUUGUGGCUUAACCGAACAGCCAGAGCAACUUGUUUCACAACUGGGUCCAAAGGCCUGGCUUUGUCCCUCAGCAGAUCUGUUGUCAGAAUCGAUGGGUCCAGUAACACCGGACACUCCGAACACUGUCAUGUGCACCAUACAAUUAACAGCAGCCAACGGUGCACUCUGCUUUAUCAACCCACUGUAUCUCCAAGAGCAUGGAGAUGAUUGGCUGACACAUUCUCCGGUUAGCGCAAACCUCACUAAUCGCCUCUUCACUUCCAAACGUGACCGGAGGCUGAGCACAGCAAGACCUUGGACAGGGGCGGGGCUUAAGAAGCAUACCGAGUCAGUGGAAGACUCGCCUGCCAGUUUGGACAGCUCAGCAGGUUCCCUUGUUCAGAGCCCAGUUUCCCAAGUGACUACAACUGAAGUGGUUUUACGCAGAGCAAGCAGUUCCGGUAUCUCAGAUCCUCAAAAGAGAGUGAGCGUGGAUUCGAUCGGCUGCCCCAUCCCUCAGUCGCCACACCGAGUGUCUUGGGUCGAGGACAAACUCUGGAUGAACCCACCUACUCCUUGCUCUCUGCUACACCCUCCAUGCUUAGAAUUUGAUUCUCUGUCAAUGAGCAGCAUAGAAGAGGAGCCCGAGCUCGAGCCAACCGUAAACUCCUGCCAUGUCCAAAACGCCCCACGCCGCCCGCUGGCUGACAAGGUUAAGAACAGGCUUUCAGCCGUCGGCCAGGCUCUCGGUGGUUUCAUUAACCCACAGAAACGCCUGAGUAAGCGUGUGCAGGAACUGGGCGAACGUAAGGGUGGUCCUUUUGCAGAGGCUCUAAAGGGAUUCGUGGAGCAGACACUGAAAAUGAGAGUAUCUUGUAGUAUGACGAGUACAGAGAUGCUGCAGGAAGUGCGGUCCUCCCUCACGACUCUGCGGGAAACAUUGUAUGACACUGCUGAGAUCCAGAGCAUCAUAGACACCCUGGGAGAUGUUCCUGAUUUCGAGUUGGAUACCAUGAUGGAGCAAGCCUUACAUAAAGUGGCCCUGAAGCCGUCGUAUUCCCAUUUGUACGAGUGCAUGAAGACGGCACGACAGCAGGACGGCAGUCUGAAGCGGCUGCAAGCGAACCAGAACGUGCUGAACUGCCGAAGCCUAGAGGAGCUGGAGGGGACGGCGGGUGUAGGCGUGCCUGAUGCAGCCAUGUUGGAGAAGAUCCAGCAGCGCUGGGCUACCAUGCAGCAGCAAUACUCACCACAAAAGAAGGUGGAAAUGCUGCUGAAAGUGUGCAAAAAUAUUUAUCUCAGCAUGAAUGUCAAUGCCAAGCCUGGGGUGGUGUUCGGGGCAGAUGACUUCCUGCCUUGUCUGACGUGGGUAUUAUUGCGCAGUGAUGUCGUCACUCUGCAGCUUGACACAGACUACAUGAUGGAGCUGCUAGACCCGUCCCAGUUACAGGGAGAAGGUGGAUAUUACCUGACGUCCCUCUACGCCUCAUUGUACCACAUUAGCAGCUUCCAGUCUCGUUUAGCAUCACGGCAGCUGAGUGCCGAAGCUAAAAAGUCCCUCAGCCAAUGGCAUCGCAGACGCACACUUCACUGCAACCAAUCACGGCGCAGCAGGAACCGACGGACCAUCAGGAGGAACCGAAGUAAUGAAAAAGCCAAUGAGGACUCAGUAGAGGUGAAUGCAAAUGAUGCAUACAAGGACAAGGACAGGAGUCACAAUGAUGAUGUGACAGAGACAUUGCAGAGUGUGACUGAGAUCUCUGGAGAGGAAAAGGAAGUGGAUCAGUAACAGAAGAGUGAUGUUAACAUUAAAACUGCCCUGCACUUUUGCCUAAACUGUGUGUAAAAAGACAUUACAGAAAUGUGGACAAUCCCUGUGUCCAAAACUACACAGUCCUUUGGCUUUGGGUUCUGAUUUUGUGUGUCCUAAUAACACCCUUUACAUGGCCUUAAUGUAAAGUCUAUAGACUCAGUGUUUUAUAAUAUAUUCAAAUGUAUAUUAAAGUAUCUUAAUUUAAAUUGUAGCAGCAUUUAAGUGAAAAGCUGAAUAAACCAAACACAACUGA